UGUAUUCAAACAACGGCGAGUUAAAAAAAACCAUCAAGCGAGUUGGACGCGUAUCUCUUUGAAACGGAUCUCGGAACGCCGUGGGAGUCGGAAAGUCGGAAAAUCGCUGAACGCGUGUUCGUGCGUUUGCAUGUGUGCGUGUGUGAUUGUGUUUGUGUGUAGGAGUGCGAGCGGGUGAGCAAAAUAUAAAUAAAUAAAUAAUAAAUUCACCAAGUCGGGCUUCAGAAAUGUGCGCUAAUCAAAUAAAAUGCCCCCGUUUCUGGCCAAUUGAGAAUUGUGGCUAAACAGAAAAUUCGACGGGAGUUUCAAGUAAUAAAAUUAAACAAAAUUCAAAAAAGUAAAUUGCGUUUUAUGGUUACAUUUCCAAAGAAAACUAUUUGUCAACAAACUCAGAAAAGCAAAAAAAAUAAAAUUUUAUAUGAAAAUAUUUUUAAAAAAAUGCCAGUGUUAAAUGUUUGCUCUUCAACCUACAGAAAAAUACAAUCCAGUGAAUAAACACAGAAAACCAUCCAAAAAAGAAGUUCAUUUUUUAUUUUCGCUUUUUAUUUAUUAACGACAAAAUAUUGGAUAAAAUAUAAAAAUAAGAAAAAAGUGUACGUGACAAGAGCUCGGAAAAAAGUGCAGAAAAUAUAGCGAAAAUAAUUCGUGCGUGCGAAAAAGUGCUGCGAAGUUUUAUGGCCCAUGCAAAAAGUGCUAAAUUUGUAAAUGGCAUGGAAAGUGCAAAGCUCUGAUUAAAAAGCCGCCAACAGUGAAGCACGAGGUGGUGCCGCAAAAAGAUUAAAGAAAAAAAUAAUAAAAACACUAAAAACCUCCACAAACUACUGCCAAAAGGAAAUUAUUAAAAAUAUAAAAAUCAAACAACGAGCUCCGAUCACAUUAAGGAAACAGAAAUUUGUACUAAUUCUGUUUAGAGGACUUUAGCCACCAUCCACGUUGGAUCCCCAUCGCAUAUAAUGUCAUCAAAAUGUGCUUUCCACAUUGUAUUCGUAUCGAUAAUUUUCAUCAUCAUCGUAAAUGGUUACGCAAAAGAUAUUUCCGGAGUUAAAAGAGGUCAUGAGCGACUAAACGAAUACAUAUCUCACUAUGAAACACUCAACUAUGAUCAAGAGCACAUCCGAGCUAGUCACAAUAGAGCGCGACGAUCAGUGACCAAAGAUCAUUAUGUACAUUUAAAGUUUGCAUCACAUGGAAGAGACUUCCAUCUUAGAUUAAAACGUGAUUUAAAUACAUUUAGCAAUAAGUUAGACUUUUAUGAUAGCAAAGGUCCCAUUGAUGUCUCCACGGAUCAUAUCUAUGAGGGCGAAGUGAUAGGGGAUCGUAAUAGUUAUGUAUUUGGUUCCAUACACAAUGGGGUAUUUGAGGGUAAAAUUAUAACGGAACGUGAUGCCUAUUAUGUUGAACAUGCCAAACAUUAUUUCCCAACAAAUCGCACGGCGACAACACCACCAACUCCGACAGCAUCCUCGACAGCAGCAAAAAGCACACAACCCACGCGGCCUUUGGCCCGUAGCAGCAACAACAACAACAACAAUAAUAUAACUGCCGUUGAUAGUAAGACAGAAAACUUCAUAAAGAAAAUUGCUGAAUCCACAACGACGACGUCGACCCAGCAACAGCUCCCAGAGCAUUCCGAAUCCUCGUCGUCGACAACAACAUUCCCACCACCAUCACCCACAUCGAAGGAUUCCGAUUCCGAGGAGGAGAAGGAGCAUAAUGCCGAGGACGAACUUGAUUUUCACUCCAUUAUCUACAAGGAGUCACAUGUCGAGGAUGCCUACGAAAAUGUGCGCGAAGGUCACGUGGCCGGCUGUGGCAUCACGGAUGAGGUCUCUCAAUGGAUGGAGAACAUACAAAAUUCAGCCGUCGAAGAGCUCCCGGAGCCCAUGUCAAAGGACUACCAAAAGCUCCACCGGAAACAGCUGCACAAAAAGUCCGCCCCACAGCAGCAGCAACAACAACAGCAGCAGCAGCAUCCGCCUCAUCCGCCCAAGAAAUACAUCAGCGGAGAUGAGGAUUUCAAGUAUCCCCAUCAGAAGUACACGAAAGAGGCGAACUUCGCCGAGGGUGCAUUCUACGAUCCUUCGACCGGACGUCGCCUUGGCUCAUCCGCCAACGUGGCUGACUGGCAUGAGCUCGUCCACGAACGUGUCCGUCGGGCCUCUGACAAUGGAGAUAGGGGCUCAUCCGGCGGAUCUGGACGCGGUCGCGAGGACAAUAAGAAUACCUGCUCGCUCUACAUUCAAACGGAUCCAUUGAUUUGGCGACAUAUACGCGAGGGCAUCACUGAUCAUGAUCGUGGCAAGUACGAGGUUGAUGAGAAAACGCGCGAGGAAAUCACAUCGCUGAUUGCACAUCACGUGACGGCCGUUAAUUACAUUUACCGCAACACAAAGUUCGACGGACGCACCGAGCAUCGGAACAUACGCUUUGAGGUGCAACGUAUUAAGAUUGAUGAUGAUUCGGCCUGCCGCCACUCGUAUAAUGGGCCACACAAUGCCUUUUGCAAUGAGCAUAUGGACGUCUCGAACUUCUUGAAUCUCCAUUCCCUAGAAGAUCACUCCGACUUUUGCCUGGCUUAUGUGUUUACUUACAGAGAUUUCACUGGUGGUACUUUGGGACUGGCUUGGGUGGCUAGUGCUUCGGGAGCAUCUGGUGGCAUUUGUGAGAAGUACAAGACCUACACGGAAACGGUAGGAGGACAGUAUCAAAGCACUAAGCGUUCCCUCAACACGGGCAUCAUCACCUUUGUUAACUACAAUAGCAGAGUGCCACCAAAAGUCUCACAGCUGACUUUGGCUCACGAGAUUGGUCAUAACUUUGGAUCACCUCACGACUAUCCGCAGGAGUGUCGUCCUGGUGGCCUGAACGGCAACUUUAUUAUGUUUGCCAGUGCCACAUCUGGUGAUCGGCCAAACAACUCAAAGUUCUCGCCCUGCUCAAUUCGAAAUAUCUCCAAUGUGCUUGACGUUCUAGUGGGAAACUCAAAGCGCGACUGUUUCAAGGCCUCGGAGGGAGCAUUCUGCGGCAACAAGAUCGUAGAGUCUGGCGAGGAAUGCGACUGCGGCUUCAACGAGGAGGAGUGCAAAGACAAAUGCUGCUACCCGCGUUUAAUCACCGAGUACGAUCAGUCGGUGAACUCCAGUGCCAAGGGUUGUACGCGUCGUGCCAAGACGCAGUGUUCGCCCUCGCAGGGUCCUUGCUGCCUAUCGAACUCCUGCACCUUUGUGCCGACAAGCUCUUACCAGAAGUGCAAGGAGGAGACGGAGUGCAGCUGGUCGAGCACCUGCAAUGGAACCACGGCCGAGUGUCCGGAGCCACGUCAUCGUGAUGACAAGACCAUGUGCAACAAUGGAACUGCGUUGUGCAUCCGAGGCGAAUGUAGUGGAUCGCCAUGUCUGCUCUGGAACAUGACCAAGUGUUUCCUCACCUCGACGACGCUGCCGCACGUUAAUAAGCGGAAACUGUGCGACUUGGCCUGUCAGGAUGGUAAUGACACCUCCACAUGUCGCAGCACCAGCGAGUUUGCAGAUAAAUAUAACAUCCAGAAGGGUGGCAUAAGUUUGCAGCCAGGAUCUCCCUGUGAUAACUUCCAGGGAUACUGCGAUGUGUUCCUUAAGUGUCGAGCAGUCGAUGCCGAUGGUCCGUUGGUGCGUCUGAAGAAUCUGCUUCUUAACCGCGAGACUUUGCAGACCGUGGCCGAGUGGAUCGUCGACAACUGGUAUCUGGUGGUUCUGAUGGGUGUGGCUUUCAUCGUGGUUAUGGGCUCCUUUAUUAAAUGCUGCGCUGUGCACACACCGAGUUCCAAUCCGAAGAAACGGCGAGCUCGUCGAAUCAGCGAAACCCUGAGAGCGCCCAUGAAUACGUUGCGAAGAAUGCAACGCCAUCCCAAUCAGCGAGGAGCCGGUCCUCGUAGCAUCCCACCGCCUGCACACGAGGCGCAGCAUUAUCCAAGAGGCGGCGAUGGACGCAGUGGCGGCGGUGGAGGCGGUGGUCGGCACAGUGGCUCCCGAUCGCAUCAUCAGUCACAUCCACAUGAUUGGGAUCGCCAACAGGGCGGUCACUCAAUCGUCCCACUGCCCACCGGCGGUAGCCACUCCGGUCGCCAUUCGGCGGCGAAUCAGGCGAGAAGAAGUGAUGGACGAGGCCCACGAUCCACCAGUAGUGGGCGACCACAGGCGACAGCUGGCGGAUCUAGCAGCGGAGCAGCGCGAUCACAUGGCGGGUAUGGAGCCGACCAGGCGAUACCGGGUUCCAUUGGUGGUGGUGUCCAGGCGGCCAUUAGCAGCGGUGGUGUGGUGGCUCGGGCCCAACUGCCGCUGCCAUUGCCGCCGCCAAAUGCACAUCAACAAUUGCAACAGCACCAACAACAACAACAACUACAACUACAGCAACCGGCAAUUUCGCCGCAGCAGCAACCACAGCAAGCGUUCUACACGCCGAAAGAACUUCCACCACGCAAUAAGUCCCGAUCAUCACGUACCAACAACACCUCCAACACCACAACCAGCAACUCAUCCACAGCGGCAGCCGGCAGUGGGUCGGGAUCGGGAUUGGGAUCGGGGGCGGGCAGUAGUAGUAAGAGCAAGAGCGGAAAGAGUACCAAAGCCAAAGACUCGAAGUCGCAAAAGUCGCAGCAGGCAAACAGUCGCAGCAGCAGCAAGGAGAAGGCCCUUAAACCAGUCCGCCGGAAUAUUGUUUAUUAGGAAUUGGAUCCAUCACAUUGCCAUACAGAACAUUGAAAGACAUAGCCCCGAAAAUCCCGAAAAACCAAAAAAUAUAACGCCCGCUGCUAGUCAUCGAUCCAUGAGUUGUUGCUUCCCAUCCACCACCAAAACACAAACAAAAAAGAAAUCAAAAUGAUAUUUCAUUUAACCGAAGCAAUUGGCGUCGCGCCGCCGCCGCUACAAGUAAGCUUUAGUCGGCCGACAUCGUUGCAUGAGCAACAGCAGCAGCAACAUCUUCUGCAACAGCAGCAACUGGAGCCACAGCAGCAACACGCAUAUGCCGAUGCAUAUGCGGCCUUGGGGCGGGGCCAAUAUGAAUCCACAACGCGGGCCCCCAACAACAGCAAAGUUUGACAGCCAAAAGUCGCAAUGGAGCGCCAUAAAAGGCCAAAGGCUAAACGUCUUAAGCAACAGCAGCAACUGCAACAACAGCAAACAACACAGCCCAAACAGCAACAAAAGCAAAAACAACAAAAAUCAAAUGAACUCAAAUUAAAUGUAAAUGUAAUUUUUAUGCUAAUUAUUUUUAUUUAAACAAUGUUUAUAUGCCACAAGGGAAAACCGCCAGAACAAAAAAAAACAAACAAAAAAAUGCGAAAAAUGCGUAAUACAGAAAAAGCUAAAAGUGAAUGAUAUUUUUGAUUAAAUAA